CAUAUUGAUUAGUCAACAGUAAAAAAUCUGAAGAGAUGCGGGAAGGGAGAAGAAGUUAAACCAGGCCUGAGGAGCGAUGCGACAGGCAUGAUGGAGGUCGAGUCCUCCUACUCGGACUUCAUUUCCUGUGACUGGACAGGCCGCCAGAAUGCGGUCCCUGACAUCCAAGGAGACUUGGAGGGUGUGAGCGUGAGGAAGCUGGCCAGAGACAUGGGCAAGCUGGCACUCACAGGGGCAGAAGGACAGGCGGAGGCGAGCGCCCCAGACAAGGAGGCUAGCAUCCAGCCCCAGAGCAGCGAUGCACCACCACAUCUUGAGUUCGACCUUGUCCACAGAGGCUGGAAGAGAGAUCUGCUGUCCCCUCCCGGGAGAACCCUAACACUGGCCCAGCAGCCUAUUCUGAGUCCCAUGUCCCAGACAAGCCAGGCCAGACCGAGAGGCCCCAAGAGGCCUUUGUGGCCCCAACUCUGGGAAAGCCCUCUGCCCACACCCACAGGUUCCACGUCCCUACCACCAUCUCACCGUGCCCAGGUACACUUUCGAGACACUGUAGCCACAAGAUGUUAUUUAUUCAGCUGGCACCGGGACUCGGACUGGGCCCUGCUCACCAGGGCAAGCAGCCCACGCAGGAGCAUUCCUCUAGCGGGUGCCCUGGCCAGGGACCAUAUCCCAACAACAGUCCCUCCUCUCCACCCCCAGCCUUCUGAGUCAAGACAUUCUUAUCCAUUUUUUAAAACACACUUUUAA